UCUCCAUUGAAGAUAUUCGGGAUGUGAGGUCAGGCCAUAAAACAGAAGGUAUGGAAAAAUAUGCCAAGGAUGUCCCAGAGUAUCGCUGCUUUUCCAUCAUUUUCAAAGACCAGCGGAAAAACCUGGACCUCAUUGCGAGUUCAGAGGAUGAUGCCAACCACUGGAUCUCCGGCCUUGCAAAAAUCAUAGCCCACAGCAACUCCAUGAACCAGAAACAGAAACUCCAACACUGGAUUCAUACCUGCCUGCGGAAAGCUGAUAAAAACAAAGACAACAAGAUGAGCUUGAAAGAGCUCAAGGACUUCCUGAAAGAAGUGAACAUUGAAGUCGAUGACUAUCAUGCCAAGAAGAUUUUCCAGCACUGUGACAAGUCCAAAACAGAGGCUCUGGAGGAUGAUGAGAUAGAGGAAUUUUACAAAAUACUGACUGAGAGGAAGGAAAUAGACAAGAUCUUCCAAAAGUACUCAGAUGCAGAAGGGUUCAUGUCCUGCCAGAACCUGGUGAGGUUUCUCUAUGAGACACAGCAAGAAGAAGAUGCUGUUGUUGCUGCCCCUGCCUUAAUCCAGAGAUAUGAGCCCAAUGAAAGAGCCAAGAGGGGUAACGCUAUGACCAAAGAUGGUUUCCUGAUGUACCUGCUGUCCGAUGAUGGAAAUAUAUUCAACUCCUCUCACCGUAAAGUUUACCAGGACAUGACUCAACCUCUCAGUCACUACUUAGUGUCAUCCUCACACAAUACCUAUCUUAUGGAAGACCAGCUCACAGGUCCGAGCAGCACAGAAGCCUAUAUCAGAGCCCUCACCAAAGGCUGCCGCUGUGUGGAACUGGAUUGCUGGGAUGGCCCUAACUCAGAGCCCGUCAUUUAUCAUGGCUACACUCUCACCUCCAAGAUCCUCUUCAGUGAUGUCAUUAAGGCAAUCAAGAACUAUGCUUUCAAAACCUCACCAUACCCUGUCAUCAUUUCCCUGGAGAACCACUGCAGCGUCGAUCAGCAGAAGGUCAUGGCUCAGCACAUGACGACAAUCCUGCAGGACAUGCUCUUGGUUGCCCCAGUUGAUGGAAGCAAAUCCCAGUUCCCCUCCCCAGAGCAAUUGAAAGGGAAGAUCCUUGUGAAAGGCAAGAAGCUGAGCAGGCACGAGGACCCCACCGGAGCAAACGGGAACAACAACCUGGAGGCUGAGGAUGUUUCUGAUGAAGAUGAAGCAGCUGAAAUGGAAGAUGAAUCUGUGAAGACCGAGAUACAGCAGAAGGGGAAGAGUGACACCUUGAAGCUGGCAAAGGAGCUGUCAGACACAGUUGUUUACUGCAAGAGUGUCCAUUUCAAUGGCUUUGAGGACCCCAGCCAUCCUCGGCCUUUCUACGAGAUGUCAUCAUUCACGGAAAGCAAAGCUCUGAAACUAGCCCAGGAGUCUGGAACCAGUUUUAUUCAUCACAACAUCAGGCACCUGAGCCGGAUCUACCCUGCAGGCUGGAGGACAGAUUCUUCCAACUACAACCCCACUGACUUGUGGAACGUCGGCUGCCAGAUCGUUGCCCUAAAUUUCCAGACAGCAGGCACAGAGAUGGAUGUCUACCAGGGUCGGUUCCAGGACAAUGGGUUUUCUGGGUAUGUCUUAAAGCCGGAAUUCCUCCGGGAUGAGCAAACCAAAUUCAAUCCAAAAUCCAUCACAGAAGGAACAUGGGGGACAAAGAAGAAGCUUCUGCUUAAAAUCAUCUCUGGUCAGCAGCUGCCCAAGGUGAACAAAAGCAAAAACUCCAUCGUUGACCCUAAGGUGACGAUAGAGAUCCAUGGGGUCCAGCAGGACAACAACAAGAAGCAGACCAAAGUUAUUGAAAACAAUGGCUUUAACCCGAAAUGGGACGAAGAGUUUACAUUUGACAUAGAAAUCCCUGCACUUGCCCUGGUCCGGUUUGUGGUGGAAGACUUCGACAUGUCAACCAAGAACGAUUUCAUUGGGCAGUACACCCUUCCCUUCACCAGUCUGAAGCAAGGUUACCGCCACAUCCAUCUUCUAACCAAGAAUGGAGACCUGUACUCCUCCUCCACCCUUUUUGUGUACGUCAAUAUCCAGGAUUGUGAUUAG